AGCGUUCAACUACCACUCUGAAUAGUUCCAAGAAGACACCGUGCUCCACUGCUGCACGCGCACUCACGCACAAUCAAAAUGAAAUUACUGGUAGUAUUAUCGGCUGCAUUAGCCCUUACAGCGGCUAUCCCUCAACGGCGAGUAUCGCUGAAACCUGAGGCAGCUGCAGACCAAGACCAACAAGCAGCCGAAGUAAACUAUAACAACUACCAACAGCUGCAAGACUACAGGAAACCCAUCGACGAUUUCAGACCCAAAGUUCAGUUGGAAACUACCACUUUCAUUCCCAUCAUCCGUUUUGACAAGGAACAAGGAACCGACGGCAGCUACAAAACAGCUUAUGAAACUGGCAACAACAUACAAGCUGAAGAGCAAGGUUACCUGAGAAACCUUGGCGAAAAUGCAGACAUCCCAGCUCUUGUGCAACAAGGUUCAUACUCCUACACCGCUCCCGACGGCCAGGUCAUCACCGUUGAGUACACAGCUGACGAAUACGGAUUUAGAGUCAAGGGCGACCACAUCCCCACCCCCCCACCAGUGUCACCUGAAAUCCAAAAGGGACUUGAUCUCAUCUACGCUGGAAUCAAGGCCAACCAGGAACGUGUUGCGUUGGAAGCUAAGAACAACCCUGAAGCUACCAAAUUAAAUGAAGAAAAAGCCAUCCUCGACUACAAAGGUCAAUACUACCAACAAUAAAUUUUAUGAAGUGGACUUAGCAGUGAAAUAAGUGACCUGCACUUUUUAUCCGAAGCACAUUGUUAUGUUAUAGUGCAACAGUAAUGUAAAAUGCUCUAUGAGCAUUUUCAAGUCAGUUUAGUGUAAUAAUAGAAUAUAACUUUUUACAAAACCCGUGAAGAAUUGCGCCGGUACAAUAUUUUCUUGAUGUGAUAAUUCAUAGGUUUAAAUAAAAAUAAUUGUAGCCGUUAUUUGAUUUAUAUGAAUAAAGAUGUCAAUCUUUUAUAUAUUCAGUAAUGUUCCACACUGCCAAUAAUAGAAUAAGGAUAUCUGAAAGAGACACAACCAAUUUCUUCGAAAACGUUAGUAAGAAAAUCUUUAAAUUCUGAUAAAUGAUAAUAUGUAACAUUAUUCUUAAAACUCAAGACUGUUUUUGUUAUAAAACGAUACAAGUUUUUAUGCCAUAGUUUGUUUAUGGAAAUACUUUUAUGGAUUCUGUAAAUAGCCUAUUUUUUAUAUUAUUUCAAUAAAAUGUUGAAUAAUUUUAUAAUAA